AGCUCACCACAGAGCUGUUCCUUGCAGCCCUGCUCCUCUGCAGAGCAUCACUCCACCUCUCAGCUGUUUUCCUCCUUCCCAGGUCCGUUUCCCACCCGCACCCCGGUGCAGCCAUGCUGGGCACAGCAGUGCGGCUCUUGAUCCUGCUCAGCUUCCUGGGCUUUGGGAAAGGCCAGAUGUUUCACAUGGGAUCAUGCCCAGAUCCACCGGUACAAGAAGACUUUGAUAUCCACAAGUAUUUGGGGAUAUGGUACGAGAUAGAGAAGCUGCCCUCAGGUUUUGAGAAAGGAAGCUGCAUCCACGCAAACUACUCGCUGAAGGAGAAUGGGAAGUUCAAGGUGAUCAACAAGGAGCUACUUUCCAGUGGCAAAGUCAAUGAAGUCGAAGGAGAAAUCAUGCACAUGGAUGUCAAGGAGCCAGCCAAGCUGGGGGUCCGCUUUAACUGGUUCAUGCCUUCUGCUCCUUACUGGGUCAUCUCCACUGACUAUGAAAACUAUUCACUGGUUUACUCCUGCACCAACAUCCUCUGGCUCUUCCACAUGGACUAUGCCUGGAUUUUAUCAAGAGCUCCUGACAUGCACCCAGAAACUGUGGAGCACCUGAAGAGUGUUCUCCAGUCCUACAAGAUUGACACUGAGAAAAUGAUGCCCGUGGAUCAACUUAACUGCCCUCCUGAGAUGUAACUCUUGGCACACAACGAGACAGCACCAGACCAGCAGUGAACUUUGUUGCUUUCUUUAUUAUCCAUUAGAAUUUCUCUUUGUAACAUAGAAAUGUAAUAUUUCCUUUGCUAACAGUA